AUUCUUACUAAACCUAUCAACAAAUACAAAAAAAUGGAAAACUCUUUGGUCGACUAUAUCUCAAAGAACAAUUAUGUCAAGACGGCAGCAAAAGCAGCUGCAGUAUCCUUGACUGCAUCCUUAGUUUAUUAUGCCAUAAAAGAACCCAAAGAAGACAAUUGGAACCGUAAAGACUUCAAGAAGAUUCCUGGCCCGAGUGGAUAUCCAUUCGUUGGACACAUGCUUUCAAUGGGAUUCACACCUAGUUUCCAAAUUGAAAAAUGGCAUGAACAAUAUGGACCAAUUGUUCAUAUCAACAUGGGCGCUCAACAAUGGGUUAUUUUUAAUGAUCCUGUCCUUGCUCACGAUCUAUUUGUCCGCAAUGCAACCAAGGCUUCAGAUAGACGCAGACACAAAUUCACUAAUGGAAUGUACAGCAAAGGUGGAAGAGGUAUUGCAUUCAGCCAGCCUGGAAAGAAACUGAAACACACCCGAGCAAUCGCACUCUCAAUCUUGUCUCCAAAGUAUGUUGACCGUUACCUUGGAGUUCUUGAAAACAUUGCCAGCUGCACCGUCGAAUUGAUGAAACAAGAAACCGACAGAGACGGAUCAGUAUUCCCCAUGCCGUUUAUACAGAUGGCUACAUUUAGUGCUAUGAUCAAAUCAAUUUUUGCAAGACCGCUGCACCUGGACAAUGAUCCUGUUGUCAAGGAGAUUAUCUAUAUUAUGGAAAACGAAUUGAAGUUUGCUGGACCUGCUGGUGAUCUGGGAUCAUUCUUUCCCAACUUUGCUUGGGCAAACUCGCUCUUCCAGAAGAAGAAGAAGAUGGAAGCUUUGGUUGCUCGCCGAGAUGAGCUCUACAAGAUGCUCAUUAAAGAUGCGCUUAACAGUGAAGAGGAUUGUCUGGUCAAACAAGCUUAUCAGAUGAAAGAAGAAUAUGGGUUAGAUGACAAUGAUCUGAUUGUCAUGAUGAGUGACAUGACAAGUGCCGGUGGAGACACUACAGCCAUAUCACUUUCAUGGCUCUUUGCCGUCCUGCCCCACCAUCCAGCAGUCCAAAAGAAGAUCUGUGAUGAGAUUGACAGAUUUUUUGCCAAAUUUAACCGCCUCCCAACAUUCUCUGACCGAGACGAAUUUCCUUAUAUGUGCGCUGUUCUCCGAGAGAAUAUUCGUUUCAGAAGUGUUACAACUUUUGGUAUUCCCCACUUCACCUCUGAAGAUAUUGAGCUACAAGGUUACUUUAUCCCAAAGGGUACAGUAGUUGCAUGCAGUAUGUAUGCGAUGCACAUGAACCCAGAUGUCUACCAUGACCCAAAGCAGUUUAUUCCUGAGCGUUUCAUGGGACACACAAAGACUUGGUCUGCUUCUGCCAACGGUCCAAUUGAUGAACGCGACAUGUAUUCCUUUGGCUGGGGAAGACGUAUCUGCCCUGGUAUUUACUUUGCUGAGGUAGAGGAAUUCAAUCUUUGCAUUCAUACUCUCUCCCGUUAUACUGUUGAGCCAGCAUUGGAUUCGGAUGGUUAUCCCGUAUAUCCUGAUCUGAAGCACGCCUCAUCAACAAGUGUUGUAUUUGCACCUGCCAAAUACAAUGUAAGAUUAGUGGAAAGAGAAGACAGUCCUCUUAAGAAACAGACAUAAGCUAUAUACUGCAUACAUCUCCAUUUUCAUCCAAAUCCUCAUCUUUAUCUGCAUCAGUUACCCAAGCUAAAUACCCAUGGCUAUAUAUAUAUAUAUUUAUUUAUAUGAGCAACCGAGAAGAUAGCAAUACUCUCUCCGUAUUAGAUCCACCAUGUACCAUUUUCUUUUUGUACCCUCAUCCAAAUCAGACCUUUUAUUUAUUUAUUUAUUCUACUUUAUUUUUAUGAAAGAAAGGCUAGUUUUUCUUCCCAUUUCUAUUAGCAUUUUUCAUAGCUUUGCUUGUUAUGCAUACCAAUCAAUAAAAUAUAUUUAUUGCAAAAUAA